CCCCCCCCCCCCCCCCCGGCAACAACGCACCUCAUUUCCCAUCGGUCGAGCGGCCUACCACGUUGCACCCUUCAAUUGCGCAGCAGAAAUGGGUUAGGGGACUCCCAUUUGACCCUCCCUCGACCCCCAACCGACGCGAUGGCUGCGAAUCCAAUCGAAGCCAAACCUUCGUCGCGCGACGAGUCUUCGGACUCUGGAAGCGGAAGCGACAGCGAAAAUGAUACCCCGACGACGACAACGACAACGACGACGCCGACAGCGGUCGAAUGGCUAGCGACCGGCCGAUCAAGACGGUCCACGGCCGGCAAUCGCAUGAAGUCGAUGCUGGCCAACGAAGAACCCGACUCAGACCUCGAACUGCUAUUUGCCGAAGACGACAACGACGAAGGCUUCACCGAUGUCGGCGAUGCGGGCUCCGACGUACAGAUGGACUCGUCAUCCGACGACGAGGACGAACAGAACCGCGGGGAUGAUUUAGAGGGGGAAAAAGAGCUUGAGAAGCAAGCCAGGGAAAGGAAGCUGGCUUCGCGGAAACGCAAGGCCGAAGAGGCCAUCCCCGCCAAGUUCAGAAAGAAGGUCCGCAUCGACCAGGCCGCGGCGGCCGCCGCCCCGGCGCCACGACCCAAGAAGAAGUCGGAGCGGACGAGCUGGCUGCCCUCUCCGGCCGACAUGCCCAUCCGCGCCUCGCUGCGUCAGACCACCAUGCUCAGCAAGGAGCAGCUGCACCAGCAGAUGAAGGAGCGCGAGACGAAGCGGUUGAAGCAGUUGGCCGUGAUGGAGAAGAAGGCCAAGAAGCUCGCGGCGUCGAAGAAGCCCCCCAUGACGCAAGCCGAACGACUGGCGGAGGCUGCUUCGGUGGAGAAGCGGAACGCGAAGUCGCUCAACAGAUGGGAAGAGGCUGAGAAGGCGCGCGAAGAGGAGCGCCUCGCUAAAUUAGCGGCCCUGAACAACCGGACGCUCAAGGGACCCGUGGUCACCUACUGGAGCGGCAUAGGCAAGUGGGAAAACCACCUGAAGCAUGUGGGCAGGGUGGCCGAGGAGGAGAAGGCUCCCCGGAAGAAGCGGGAGAAGAAGGACAAGGGCGACAAGGCGAAGGGCAAGGAGAAGGACGAGAAAGAGCCCAAGAAGGAGGGGGGCUCGACAGCCGGCGCAGCCUCGACGUCGUUACCACCAUCGACGUGCCCGGAUGGGCAGGCCGAGGCCAAGCCCGACGCGCCGUUGGCUUCUCCGGCUCCAGCAGAUCCGGGAAAUCAACAACAAAGCCGUGUCCCCAACCCUCCCUCGCCAACAGCCACGGCACCGCCGGAGGUCACGCCGAUUGUGAAGGAGGAAGACCGCCCUCGCGUGAUGGCACCUCCCCCCAUCCCGCCACCGCCGACGACGGUCUCGCCAGCAUCGUCACGGCCCGAGGGCCAAUCCAGGCUGAUGGCACCACCCUCGAUCCCUCCACCUCCGGCACUAGGCUCGUCGUCGCCCAUGGCCCCUCCGCCCCUACCUCCUCCGCCCAAAACCUCGCCACCUGUCCUGGCAGCUCCGGUGCUCGCGCUUCCGGUUCUGGCUCCGCCUUUGGGUGGCAUACACCUCGUUCAGCACACAACACAGCCAAAGUCCAACGUGCUCGCGCCGCCCAACACGACGCAGCACAAAUCUCCUCUCUCGAUGCCUGCCCCUCCCCCUCCGCCAUCAGCGAGGCCACCACCUCCCCCAUUAGCACCGCUCCAACCAACAACCCAACCAAUCCAGCCUCCCGCUCCGCCGAAACCCGCUCCGCCGCCGAUGGCCGCCCCCUCUCCGCCACCUGCGCCUGCAGCCCCGCCGGCGCCGGAAGAGCCACCCCCGAGCGAGGUCGCGCGCAACGCGUUCAUCCUCCGCAACUUUGACGAAGAGCUCGUUCGCGACAAGACGGUCCAAACCCAAAUCCUGUUCGGGCGGCGGAUGGACCGUCUUGCGAAGCCGGCACCCCGCCCCGUGUGUGUCAUCACCGCUCACCCGGCCCGCUACCGCGACCCCGAGACGGGCCUGCCUUACUUCAACGCCUACGCGUACCGGGAGAUCCAACGCCUCCGACGCGGCGAGUACAAAUGGAGCAGCCUCCUUGGUGCAUGGGUCGGCACCUGCACCUACGCUGCCCGCGGUGUGCCAGAAAGGUUUCUGAAGGGGGGCAAACCCAAGGAGCCUAAUAAGUCGAAGGGGGCGGGGGUGGAGCCGAAGGAGACUGACGCCAACACCGUCGCGGAGGCCACCGAGAGCCAGGAAGCCCCGAACACGGACAAGGCCACAACACCCACCCAGGAGGGUGCAGUGGAACAGCCGCCGACGGGGUCGGAGGGCGUGACGGUGCCCUCGCCGUCACCGUCGGCGCCCCAAACAAAGGUACAGACGCAGACGCAGACGCAGACGCAGACGCAGACGCAGACGCAACAACAGCCGCAGCCGCCGGUCGAAGCUCAGAAGCAAGACCAGGGUGCGAAACCGGCUGCAGCCGAGCUUGCUCCGCAGCCCGGUGUGGCCUCGGUCCCCACCGUCGUCUGAGUAAGGGGAAGCUUCACGGGAGGUUUGCCUGAGUAAUUUACCAGCGCUUUUUUUGUUUGUUUGUGGGAGCGAGGAUGGGUGUUUGAGAAUAUCGGACGGGGCUCCUUUUUUCUGUUACGCCCUGAACAGCCCAUAGGCUCCGACCGAUUAGAUCGGAGGGGAGAUGCCGAAACAGAGGCAGGCCGGGAAGGGGCUGGGAGGACGGAAAGUUAAGAAGAAGAGAAACUCGGCGGCGAGGAUGCUGCUCGUUGUUGGAUUUCGGUAUCGGAAUUUCGUUGUCAGCCCAACCAACGUUGUAACGAACCUCUGCUCUGGAUUGGGGCUGUUCUGUAUUUCUAUUGUGACAAUACCCGCAGGGAGCGGUUCUUUUGCGAGGGGCGGGGGGUUUGGUUCUCUCCUCUGACAUCAACUACACUGCUCUUGCAACACCCGCUGCUUGGUUCGCUGCCGCCUCGUCCAUGUUGUCUGUUACACAUUUCAUGUAGCCAGGCCUUCUUGAGCCUGGCCUGGAUAGGGCAUACCAGCGACUCGUGAUGGAUGCGCCAAGCGGGACGCACACUCGUACGCCUCUCCCCCCCUUUCGAGGGUCCAAGGAGAGUGCGCUCACCGAUUGGCCGGGUCUGCAGACGGGCAAGCUUUUCGGCACUCCGUGAGGCGUCUACCAAUGUACGAGCCGGGGGACACACUACGAUAAGGGGAGGACAGAGUGACAGAUGGGAAGAGGCAUGAUAAAGGUUAUUUUAAACAUCUGUUUGGACCUUGUGGGUGUGAUGGCUGGCUUUCUCUUAACCAGAUCUAUCUCUUGUACCGUGCAAGUUGGGACGUUUUUCCUUACCUCUCUCCUCCCUUCUUUUUCGGACCAGGCACACACGGACUGUGAAAGUCUAAACGGGCCUUCGACCGGCCUCUACACGAGUCGUGGUGUUGAUUCCCGGAUGGACAUGCAAUGCCGUUCGAGGGGAGGAGAGGGGCGACGGCGGCGGCGGCGGCGGUUCAUUUACAUACCGAGCUGGGCUUCUCGCAACACCACGUCUACGUCUCGAGGACGUCGUACACUCACACUCGCUCAUAUUCACAUUUGACGCGAGAAGAGAUAGUGGGCUCGCCGACGCGGACACAGCAUCUCGUCGAGGCAUUCACAUCCAUCCGCGUAGCAUGCAUCGCUUGCUCGUCUGAAGUCAGACAGACACCCGCUAGUCUCCCCUCCUCCUACUUACACAUCAGCAGAUCUCGGGAUCCAUCCUAAGCUUUCUUUUCCUCGGGUUUGACAUUGUGGAUUUGAAAAUGCCCGGUCCACCUUACUCGCCCUCCUGUUGUGAGCUAAUUCUUUGGGCCCUUUUUAGUCUUUUCCCGACGCUUCGUCUCUCCCGCAGCCAUGAUACGCAAGCAACCACCUGUCCCCCCCCCUCUUCACGUAUACACACCACAUCUCACGCAACCACCAAGGCGUCAGUUGCCCUCAAUCCAUCCGUCCACCUCUCUAUACAGAAUCACCCUCCCCAGGGAUGGACUCCAGACCAGAUGAGCCGGCCGCAACAUCAGGCACGCACAUCAUGGCCCGCGGAAAUGGUCGUACUUUUUUGGGUCCUUCGUCCCUCUCCCGUCUCAAGCAUCGUGCUGUAUCGCUUGACAUUACUUGGCAAAGACGGGUGUUUGGGAGAACCUACGACGGUAUAAUUCUUUGCCCUCCCCUCAUCGACCAUCCCCCCCUCCCCCCGCUUCCACCCCAUCCAUUCAUCCAGUCACAGUCUAGGGCAUUUGUCAUGAGCAGAAAACUAGAAAGUCGAUCACCGAUCAUGUCAUCAUCGAUAGCUACAAACUCGGGGAAACCAGGAGGGGAAAGGAAGUUU